AUGUUGAUAGAGAAGCUGAUUCCCUCGCGAGUGCUAGCAGAGGUGCAUGCAGCGAAAGAAAAGAAUCCACAGUGGAGCAUUGCAAGCUUGAGGUCACAUUUAAAAAUGUUGGUCAGAAGGAAAGAAGAA